AUUAAAGAUGGAUAAUAAAAAACAUAAGGUUAUAUUAAAUAUGUAUGAUUUGUCCUAAGGGAUGGCUAAACAAUUUUCGCCUAUGUUUUUGGGUAAAUAGAUUGAUGCAAUUUGGCAUACUGGAAUUGUAGUGUAUGGAAAAGAAUAUUAUUUUGGAGGAGGUAUAUGUGCAUCACUUCCAAAAUAAACUUUAUAUGGAAAUCCAAUAGAGGUUUAUAAUUUAUUUUAAGUAUUAGGAAAGAGAAUUGGGUGAAACAGAAAUACCAUAAGCCACAUUUGAAGAAUUCUUAAGAAGCAUAAGUUCUUAAUUUUCAAUGGAGAAAUAUGACUUAUUUAAGAAUAAUUGCAAUAAUUUUACAAAUGAAUGUGCUCAAUUUUUAAUAGGAAAAGGUAUUCCUGAGAAUAUUACAGGUAAUUUAUAAUUUUCUAUUCACAUUAGGAUUGCCAUAAGAAUUUUUAAAUACUCAAUUAGGAUAAAUGUUGAAACCAAUAAUAGAGCAAAUGACUAACUAGUAGGCCACAAAUUAAACUGAGCAUUUUUUUGAAACCUAGAGUUAACAAUAAUAACCACCAAACAUUUUCUAAAAUAUAAAUCCUAUAAUAGCCAAUUAACCUCAACCUCAACCUCAACCUUAAGUAUAAUAGGCUGUUCAAUAACCAGUUAAUUAAGCUCAAUAACAACAAUAAAUAUAAAAUACAAAUGUAACACCAAUAGAAGAUUUAGAAACAUAUUUUUGCUUAAUCGAUAGUAGUCCAAUAUGUAUAAUUGAUUUUUACACUGAAUGGUGUGGGCCUUGUAAAACAAUUAAGCCAUUAUUUCAUAAAUUAUCUCUAGAAAAUCCUAAUAUAAAUUUUUAUAAUGUGAAUAUUGAUAAGGUAAACAAUCAUCUAUAUAAAAUUUAUAUUAGGUGAGAGAUAUUGCAGAUUCUCUAUAAGUAACAAGUAUUCCAACAUUUAUUACCUAUUAAAAUGGAUAAUAAAAAGACAGAUGGACAGGUGGAAAUCAACAAACAUUGAUAAGUAAUAUAUAAAAAUUAAAAUGA